UUGAUCACUAUUUCUACAGAUUACUAAAUAUCACAAUAAUGAAUCAUGUAUAUCGUAAGUGCAGACGACUUGUUCCACAAGUGAAGAGACAUUCACUCAUUUUGGUUCAAUGUUGCCAACAUAGUAACAAAAUUGAACAAACUAUAUUGGCAGACGCAGACAUUGAAAAACAAAAAGAAUUAUUCAGAUUGUAUAACAAAGGCUCGCAUGACUUUGAACAUUUAUUUGAUAUAAGAAAAUCACAACUAGUUUAUAAAGUAAUACAAAUGCAACGUCAAAUUGAUAGUUACGAAAAUACGUUUGGAAUUAAUAACACGGAAGGGAACUCUAAGAUUCGGAUAAAACCUCCAGAUAUUGAAGAUUUAAUUAACUUUAAAGCGUAUAAUUCGAGACGUAUAGCAUUUAAAGUUGUGUACCUUGGUUGGGAUUAUAUGGGGUACGCAUGGAGUGAAAAUUCUAACAAAUUAAUCAAAGGCAACACAAAUGUGGUGGAAAGAGUCUUCUUAGAAGCUCUACUCCGAAAACAACUCAUUCAAGAUAUUCAUCAUACUAAUUUGGAUCGAUGUGGGAGAACUGACAAAGGCGUGAGCGGGCUUGCACAAGUAAUUUCAGUGAAUGUGAGAAGUAACUUAGAUGGGGCUUAUGGUCUGUGGCGGUCAAAAAGAAAAAGAACGUCGAAUAUGAACCGGGCAAAACCAGAUGGAAUUAAUGAAGGCUUGUCGAAUCCAACAAUCAACUUAGCACCAGGAAAUGCAACAGAUCAAGAUAGUGGCCUGAAAUUGAACGAAGGGUCUGCCAAAAUCGAAGAAUGGAGAAGUAUGACUUAUCAGAUAGAUCACUAGACGAAGGGAGAUUCCCGUAUGUGAAAUUACUCAAUGAAGCUCUUCCUGAAGACAUCAGAGUAAUAGCAUGGUCACCAGUACAAGGAAAAUUUUCACCACGUCGUGCUUGUUUGGGGCGAACUUAUAGAUACUU